UCUAUCAGGGAUCUAUCUGCCAAUUUCUAUCAUGGCCUUCCUAUGUGAUCCCCAUCUGCCAUUACUCCAACGACCAGCCCUGGUCACACGGCAACAGUUCCGCUUCCCAGCAAUGCUUUCGCACAGGAGGGAAGGCAUCGAGCCAUUCCCAAAGCCGCCGCCCUCUGUUCUGUCAGCUUCUGAUGGUCGGGGAUGCAGGCGGUACCAUCUCGGGUUGCUUUCUGUUGCUUUGGGCUCCCUCAUGCUGCCGGCGUGUGGUGCAGAAGCUGCUGCCGACUCAUCAGCAGUCCUGCCCGAAGAGUUCCAGCGCCUCAACUCGGAUCUGAACCGGCUCACUCGGCAGCUUGAGAGCAAUGACCCGAUGGACGUGCCCCUGCUCAUUACGAGGACGAUUCCUCUGCAGCGGUUCAGGGAUGCGGCCGACGCAGCUGCAAAAACGGCACUGGGCUCUGUCGACGGGAUGGACUCACAAGAGUUGGCAUACAAGGCGGACAAGGUGAGAACAAGUCACACCUAACGAGGGUCUUGCUGCCUGUUUUGUGUCAUGCAUGGCUGGGUUGCUGGCUGCGUUAAUGUGUGCAGACGAUUACCAAGAUCAAAACUGACCUGGGUCUGCUGAUGAAGAAGGCCGAGAAGGUCAGGGGCGAUGUGGUGGUGGGGCCGCAGCGGCUGGCAUCGUUGAGAGACCCGCUAUUGAGAAUCGAAUACGAUAUAAGGUUAGGCACGGAGAUGCGCAUUACCCCACCUGCUUUGACCAACACAGCCGCUCACAUGACGUCUUGCGUUUUGCCUGCAGGACACUGGAAGGCGUGUAUGUCCCGAAUGGCAUUGCAAACCCGGCGCUUCGGAAGCCGAUCUUCUCCAUAUGUGAAAGUGGAUUCCUUGUCUGUGAGUGAAGAAGCUCCGUGAGUAAGGGGAGGGGGCCACACACGGCAGGGCGAGCAGACGAUUGUAUCAACGUUUUGCUGCAGAGGGGAUGGGGCAUGGGUGAAUGGACAUGACAUGUGGUGUUGUCGUCGAUUUUGCUGUUUGUGGGGAAGACAAGCUUGAGACAGGCACACCGUAUGGCAGCUGCAUGCCAUCGUGUAGAAUAGAUCUUUCUCUCGGAAAGAGCUGCUGGCAUCUGAAGCCUGUUCUUCACUCGUCAUGGCCGUCAGACUCGCCUUGUCCGUCC